AUGGAUAUUCCACUUCUGGAACUUCGCGAUGGGAACAAGAUUCCACUGCUCGCUUUCGGCACCGGGACUGCGUGGUUUAAAGAGGUUGGCGACACCUCUUUUAACCACGAGCUCGUAGAGGUGACCAAGACGGCGAUUAGAAAGGGAUUUCACCAUCUGGACUGCGCCGAAAUGUACGGCACGGAGGAGGAAGUCGGUGCCGCCAUCCAAGCCGCCGGCGUGCCGCGCGAGAGUCUCUUCAUCACAAACAAGGUCGCCCCGGGCAUCGACGACAUUCCCGCUGCCGUCGAACGCAGCCUCGCAAAGAUGAAGCUCGACUACUUUGACCUGAAGCCUCAUCUUAGAUAUCUGAUCCACAUCCCCUUCUUUGCAGAGUCAGACGACGACUUUGCGCGCGCCUGGACUUCCAUGGAGGACAUCAAGAAAUCAGGCAAGACGCGGUCCAUUGGCGUGAGCAACUACCUCCGUCCGCACCUCGAGGCGACGCUGCGGACCGCGUCCGACCCGCCGGUUCUGAACCAGAUCGAGUACCACCCGUACCUGCAGCGCGCGGGCGCCUACGUGCCCUGGCUGCGCGAGCGGCACGGCAUCCAAGUUGGCUCGUUCAAGGGCCUCACGCCGGCGGUGCGCUGCCCCGAUGGCCCGCUGCGCGAGCCGCUGGCCCGGAUGGCGCGGGAGAAGGGAAUAACCGAGCCUGUCGUGCUGCUGGCCUGGCUGAUGCAGAGCGGUAUUGUGGCAGUCACGACGACGAGGAAGCCGGGGCGGUUGGACGAGUAUGCGCAGGUGCUGCAGGUUACGCUGACAGAGGCGGAAAUGGCGGAGAUUACAAAGGUUGGCGGGACGUAUCAUUGCCGGACCUCCUGGCCGGAGUAUUUCGAACCGGACGACAGAUCUUAG